AGUUUGGUUUGACAUGGCCUCAUGGUUGGGACUUUAGAUACAGGGACACAUGUUUUUACAAUAAAUAUGGUAAGCAAAUACUUUGACAAAACAGUUUCAUGUUAAAAAAAAUGAGACACCUGCUGAUAAAGGCAAAGGGCUACAAAAAUUGGUCUUCCAGAUAAAGUUUAUUUUAAUGUGGUAGCCAUUUAAAUGAGAUGACUGAUACUGGGCUGAAAUGCUCCUAUUUCAAGAAGCAACACAGUGACGGUCAGCAUGAACUGUAAGCAUCUGUGCAUGUGGGUAAACGAAUCUAUCAAAAUGUCCGCACCUUGCCAAAAAAAGGUGAGUUCACCUGGUAGCCGUCUGUUUUCUCCGCCCCCCGGCGGCUGUGGGUGGUACUGCAUGUACAGGCGUCCGCAGGGGGGCGCUAUUGUUAUAGCGCUUUGUUAAGCGCUGUGCUCCAGCCAGGCUGCUGUGAGGAAAAGGCCGUACGGGGGGACAAUUCAACAAGGGCCGUUUAGCAAAUAGAAGCGAAAGCCCGACCAACCUCACCGUAGAGCCCAGACCGGGCCAUGGCAUCGGAGCAGUAUUCGCAGAUCGAGGCCGAGCUCUACUUUCUGAUCGCCAGAUUUCUUCAGUCAGGACCGUGCAGAAGGUCCGCGCAGGUGCUGGUACAGGAGCUGGAGCAGUUCGAGAUCAUCCCCAGACGCUGCGGCUGGGACGGGAAGCGGUACAGGCGAAACUUCCAGGACUGGGUGACUCUGAACCAGCAUAUUCCAGCAGAUUACCUGUUGCGUGUGUGUGAGCAGGUGUGUCCACUAGUGGACACACAUUCACCUCCCAGUGUACCCGGAGUUCACAGUCUACUGGGGACAGGACAGCAGUCACUACUGCGUACAGCAAAAACUUGUUCUCAUACAGUAUGGACAGGCUCUGCAGUAGCAGCUCUACACAGGGGUCGACCCCCAGAACCUUCUGUCCACGUUACCAAACCACCAAACAUUGUGUCAAUCAUGAGUGGUCGCCAGGCAACAGGGGUGGCUCGGUUUGGCCACGCCCUUCCUUCCUGCAUGUAUCAACACAUGAAGAUGCACAGAAGGAUACUGGGACACCUGUCCUCUGUGUACUGUGUGGCAUUUGACAGGACAGGCCAACGUGUCUUUACGGGUUCUGACGAUUGUCUGGUGAAGAUCUGGGCGACAAAUGACGGGCGUCUCCUGGCGACCCUGCGAGGUCACGCGGCUGAGAUCUCUGACAUGGCGGUGAACUAUGAGAACACACUCAUCGCCUCCGCCAGCUGUGACAAAGUCAUCCGUGUGUGGUGUCUACGCACCUGUGCACCCAUCACUGUACUUCAAGGACACACGGCCUCCAUCAACUCCAUACAGUUCUCUCCCUUGGCGGCGGGUUCUUCUCGGUUCCUGGCCUCUACCGGGGCAGACGGUAUGGUCUGUUUCUGGCAGUGGGAGAGCCUCACCAUGAAGUUCUCUGACAGGCCAGUGAAGUUUAUUGAGCGUUCUCGCCCUGGUGUUCAUAUAUCCUGCUGUUCCUUUAGUACUGGUGGGAUGUUUCUGGCUACUGGAGGGACCGAUCAUGUGAUCAGGGUGUAUUACCUGGGCGGUGAGACGCCCCUGAAACUGUCCGAGCUCGACGCACAUGCGGAUAAAGUCAUUUCAGUCCAAUUUUGCCACAACAGUGACAGUCUGCGGUUUGUGAGUGGCAGUCGAGAUGGUUCAGCUCGUAUAUGGCAGUACCACCAGCAGGAGUGGAAGAGCACAGCCCUGGACAUGAGCACAAGACUGCCAGGGAGCACGAUGUUGUCUGGAGAGGACAAGUCGACCAAGUUGGUGGUAACCAUGGUAGCGUGGGACCGUAGUGACCAAACGGUCAUCACUUCUGUCUCCAACUUUCUCCUCAAAGUUUGGAACUCCACAAGCGGUCAGCUACUACAUGUGCUCUCGGGUCAUGAUGAUGAGGUGUUUGUUCUGGAGCCCCACCCUUUUGACAGUCGUAUAAUGUUGUCCGCCGGCCAUGACGGGAACAUCUAUGUCUGGGACCUCAGCAAAGGGGUCAAGAUACGCAACUUCUUCAACAUGAUCGAGGGCCAGGGUCAUGGUGCUGUGUUUGACUGUAAGUUCUCGGAUGAUGGUCAACACUUUGCCUGCACAGACUCUCACGGCCAUCUCCUUAUCUUUGGUUUUGGCUGCAGCCAACCCUAUGAGAAGAUUCCUGACCAGAUGUUCUUCCAUACGGAUUUCCGACCGUUGAUCCGGGAUUCCAAUAACUACGUCCUAGAUGAGCAGACACAGCAGGCGCCCCACCUUAUGCCUCCACCCUUCCUGGUGGAUGUGGAUGGAAACCCCCACCCUCCGCGCUUCCAGCGCCUGGUGCCAGGCAGGGAGAACUGCAAAGAGGAGCAACUCGUGCCUCAGCUGGGCUACAUGGCUAAUGGCGAUGGAGAGGUGGUGGAACAGGUGAUUGGUCAGCAGACUGUGGACGAAGGUCAGGAAGAAAGCCCAUUGGACAGCCUGAUCAGACAACUCCAGCACCAACAAGACGAGAGACUGAACUCAGGAAAUCAGCCAGUGGGUGGUGAAGCACAAGGUGGCCCUCUGUCGCCGCCUAAUGUCGGCCUGCGGCGCAGUGGGCAGGUGGAGGGCGUGCAGCAGAUACACAACAACGCCCCCCGCAGUCAGAUGGUGAUGGAGCGGGACCUGUUGGCCUGGAGCCGCCGCGUAGUGGUGAACGAGCUCCAGUCUGGAGUGUCCAGGGUUAUGGAGGAGACUCGAUUAGCCAAAGGAGAAUUGGAACGUUCUCUCUACAAUACAGAGAAGAGGAAAAAACCUACUAAUGCUACUCGAGAGGAGCCGGUGGGAGUGUGUCUCCGGUCUCUGCGGAGGCCCCAGAGGAGGCAGCAGCAGAAGAGACACGCCUACCACACUCGCUCCGCCCACGAGCGUAGACGCUCUGGACAUGCUGUUUCCCGCACACACACUGACAGCAUUGGCGACUCGGACAGCGAUGCAGAGCAGGAGGAGGACCAGAAUGAGAACAGUGAUGUCUCAUCUGAAGGCGAGGCUCAGUGGGAAAAUGCCACCAGCUCCAGUGACUCCUCCAGCGAGUAUUCGGAUUGGACAGCAGACGCGGGUAUUAACCUCCAGCCGCCAAAGCGGCCAAUCAGAAGGCCAGCACGUGUGGCCGAGAGCAGCAGCUCUGAGGACGAGGGGGAGGAGCCACGGGAGGGGGAGGGACGACAGAGGAAAGAACAGGAGGAGAAGAAGAAGAAGAAGAAGAACAAACAGCUUAAACAGAAAAGUGUUCCUGCUGGUGAACUUGAAGAAUGGCUUCCUCCACCCUGGAUAAUGGAGACAAUUCCCAGAAGGUCUCCCUUCCUACCUCAGAUGGGGGAUGAGCUCAUUUAUUUCCGGCAGGGUCAUCAGGCAUAUAUGCGAGCGGUGCGUCGUGCCAAAGUCUACAGCAUCAACCCUCAGAAACAGCCCUGGAACAGACUGGACCUCAGGGAUCAGGAAUGUGUGAAGGUGGUAGGGAUUAAGUAUGAGGUGGGCCCCCCCACGCUCUGCUGCCUCAAACUGGCCUUCCUGGACCCACUCUCAGGGAAGAUGACUGGAGACUCGUUCAGCUUAAAAUAUCAUGAUAUGCCUGAUGUCAUAGAUUUUCUGGUGCUACAGCAGUUUUACAACGAUGCCAAAGAACACAAUUGGCAACCCGGGUUGUGCUUCAGGAGUAUUAUCGAUGAUGCCUGGUGGUUUGGAUCAGUUGAGAUACAGCAGCCGUACCAACCAGAGUACCCUGACAGCCUGUUCCAGUGUUAUAUCGUCAGGUGGGAUAACGGUGAGCGAGAGAAGAUGAGCCCAUGGGACAUGGAACCCAUACCUGAUGGAGCUCCAGUCCCAGAGGAAGUUGGAGAUGGAGUCCCGGUCACGGAGGCGGAGCUACAGUCCCUCCUGUACCAGCCCCAGGACGGAGAGUGGGGCGUACACACGCGUGACGAGGAGUGUGAGAGGGUCAUCAGUGCGAUAGACGCCCUGCUCACACUGGACAUCGCUAAGCCGUUCUCAUGCCCCGUGGAUCUGAGAGACUAUCCUCUCUACUGCACUGUGGUGGCCUACCCUACUGACCUCAGCACCAUCAGACUACGGCUGGUACACCGCUUCUACAGGAGGAUUUCAGCGCUCAUGUGGGAGGUGCGAUACAUUGAGCACAAUGCGCGAACGUUUAACGAGCUCCACAGUCCCAUCGUCACAUCCGCCAAAGCUGUCACUGAUGUGCUGCUGCGCUUUAUUGGGGAUCAGAGCUGUACUGAUAUCUUGGAGCUGUACAAUAAGAUUAAGGCAGAACUAAGCAGCCCUGCUGAAGAAGAGGACGAUGUUGACAUUGACUCUGACACACCGGGUACAUCCACUGGUCAGAAGAGGACCAAUCAGGUGCCACAGAAGCGGGGUGUGGCUCUGGACAUGCAGGCGUGGCUUAGCCAGUGCAGGGAGUUGGUCCGGACAAUGAUGAGCAGUGCAGACUCCGAGCCCUUCCGGCGGCCUGUGGACCUCUUCACCUACCCCGAUUACAGAGACAUCAUCGACACCCCUAUGGACUUGGGUACGGUGUCUGAGACACUGAUUGCUGGCAACUAUGAGAAUCCCAUGGAAUUCUCCAAAGAUGUCAGGCUAAUAUUCAGCAACUCCAAAGCAUACACCCCCAACAAGAAGUCUCGGAUCUACAGUAUGACUCUUAGUUUGUCGGCAUUCUUUGAGCAACAGAUAAUCUCCAUCAUCUCAGAUUAUAAAUCGGCUGUACAGAACCAGAGACGCAGCCAACAGAGACUCAGUUACAGCAAGAGAUUACAGGACACGCUCCCCAACAGCCCCAAAGAGAAACACAAGUCAGGAAAGAAAACUAAAACAACCCAGCAACCUUCCAGGAGCCGCUCCAGACAAGCCUCUCCAGAUACGACUGCUGCUCUUAUUGAUGAAGCCAGCCAGCCCUCAUCUUCCUCACCAUCAACAUCCUCAUCCUCAGGGCAACCAGCCAACAGGGUCACCCGUAGCAGAGCUACAAGCAGGAAAAUGGAUGCUCAGUGCAAUGGACCGCUCACUAACGGAGGUCGAAGGUCAAGCAGACGGGCUGCUGCAGUGCUGGACCAGCGGGAACUGUUGGAGUCCGAGAGCUCGUCGUCCUCGUCCUCCUCAUCCUCAUCUUCCUCUACAUCUUCCUCGUCUUCCUCGUCAUCCUCGUCCUCGUCGUCCUCCGAGAGCGAGGCCAGUGAUGCAGAGGUGGGCGGGUUCGAGGCUGCUGGCGGCGACCACGACUACAGCAAAGCGCCCCGCCCCUCUCACGGCUCCGCCCAGCCACGCCCCUCUCACGGCUCCGCCCCUGCCCGCCUCUCUCACAGACUCGCCCUGCCACGCCCCUCUCAAGGCCGCAAGCUCGCACCGGUAGCCAGCGCGCCAAAACGCAGGAGGGGCGGGGGAGAGGAACCGAGUGAACGUGUUAAACGAAUGCGCAGGGAGGAGGUCCAGGAAACGGCGCAGAGUGAGGAAGAGGAGGGCGACGAUGAAGACGAGGAGGAACCAGAGGAAGAGGAGGAGCCUGAGGAGGAAGAGGAGGAGAUUGAGGAGGAAGAGGAAAAAGGGAUGACGCCUCCGCGCUUAAUUACUGGUAGAAGCCAGAGAGCAAAUCAGAGGACAGCAAAGCCAGGGAGGGUGAACACGCGUAACCAGGGGCGACGGACUGUCCUGUACAACGACGACUCUGACGAGGAGGGACCCGCUACGGACCCGCUGAACCUGGGAAUGUCCCGUUCUGGACGAGUCCGUCGCAUGACUGAGAGAGCCAGGGUCAGCCACCUCAUGGGCUGGACGCACUGACCGUUUGACCUUUUGAAUCAACCUCAGACAGACUCACUACAGCAAACACUGCAGGGAUUAGUUAGUUAGUUUGUUUCUGACGAUUAGUAGCUGUUACAAAGAAGUUUUGUUUUUAUGUACAGGUAAUGUGUUUUUUUUUUUCCGUGCGUUGCUAUGGAGACUUUGUUUACGACUCUGGAUCAUGGUGCUGCCUCCAUCUUGCUCUGGUUUCCAUAGGAACAGCUCUCAACCAAACAGCCUUAUCUGGUCCAGAGUACUGAGGCCCCUCCAUCUUUACGCCUCUCUCUCUCACUCUCUCUUUCUCUCUCUCUGUAGCCACCUCUCCCUCUCCCUCUCUCUCUCUCUCUCUC